CUCACUUCUCUGGACUUGGCCCUGGGCUGGACUUGGUCCCCUGGUAGUGGGCAGGGCCAUGGGGGACCUCUUUAUGCUCAAAGUGAUUGUGGUCAUAUGCUAUGCCACCUUCAAUGCCUCUGCCUGGUCUGUGAAUAAUUUCCUGAUAACAGGUCCCAAGGCUUAUCUGACCUACACUACAAGUGUGGCCCUGGGAGCCCAGAGUGGCAUCGAGGAAUGUAAGUUCCAAUUUGCUUGGGAACGCUGGAACUGCCCUGAAAAUGCUCUCCAGCUCUCCACUCACAACAGGCUAAGAAGUGCCACUAGGGAGACUUCCUUCAUUCACGCUAUCAGCUCUGCUGGAGUCAUGUACACCAUCACCAAGAACUGUAGCAUGGGAGACUUUGAAAAUUGUGGUUGUGAUGAGUCAAAAAAUGGGAAAACAGGAGGCCAUGGCUGGAUUUGGGGAGGCUGUAGUGAUAAUGUGGAAUUUGGAGAAAGAAUUUCCAAACUCUUUGUGGACAGCCUGGAGAAAGGAAAGGAUGCCAGAGCCCUGAUGAAUCUUCACAACAACAGGGCAGGCAGGCUGGCAGUGAGAGCCACCAUGAGAAGGACCUGCAAAUGUCAUGGCAUCUCAGGGAGCUGUAGCAUUCAGACAUGCUGGCUGCAGCUGGCUGAUUUCCGGGAGAUGGGAGACUAUCUAAAGGUCAAGUAUGAGCAGGCACUGAAAAUUGAGAUGGAUAAGCGGCGACUAAGAGCUGGUAACAGUGCUGAGGGUCACUGGGCACCCAUGGAGGCCUUCCUGCCUAGUGCAGAGUCAGAGCUGAUCUUUUUAGAGGAAUCCCCAGAUUACUGUACCCGGAAUUCCAGCCUGGGCAUCUAUGGCACAGAGGGCCGAGAGUGUCUGCAGAACAGCCACAACACGUCCAGGCAGGAGCAACACAACUGUGGGCGCCUGUGCACUGAUUGUGGCCUGCAAAUAGAAGAGAGAAGAACUGAGGCCAUCAGCAGUUGUAACUGCAAGUUCCAGUGGUGCUGUACAGUCAAGUGUGACCAGUGUAGGCACGUGGUGAACAAGUACUACUGCAUGCGCUCCCCACGCAGUGCUUGGUCCCUGGAUAAGGGCAGCACCUAAUGGUACCUCAUACAAAUUCACCUGUUCACUGUGUGACUAUGACAACAGGGGGGAUACAAUUUCUCUCUUGAAGACAGAAGAUUAGAAAACACUUGGAAAAUCAUAGGAUUGGUCUGUAGUCCUCUUGAUAUCUGCUAUAGAUGGGAAAAUGGAGGCCCAAGAUAAUACUGCAUAUUCUGGAAAGAACUGAAAUUGGGACCUGGGCAGGUUCCUAACUUGGGCAGACCCAAUUUCAUUUUCCUGAAGCUUACUUCCUAAUCUUUGUGCCUAUGGUUA